AUGAUGAGCAUGUACAGGUUGAGAGGUCAGCCCACUUGUGCUACCAUCGGCGGAUGGGUUAUUCUGCUGACUCGCAGUCGUUCUGGUGGCGGAAUACGUGAGACUGGAAUGGCUGGACUAAGCUCAGCUGAAGGUGGCCCGUGUCGUGGAGACAGUACGUUUUGGCACAAAUGCUCUCUGAAGUGGCGGCCCAAAUACUCCGGGGUUUCAAGAGGGGACGGAUCGAGUUAA